AUGCCUAAUGAGAAGAAUCAGAUUGAGAUUUCAGUCCUUGGUAAAUUAGCUGCUCAUGUCCCUGAUAUCAUUGUGUAUGGAGAUUUCUCUCAGGAAGUGCCUUUCAUCGAAAGCUUUGAUGGUGUUCUGCUCUUUGUGGACAUAUCAGGUUUCACAGCUCUGACAGAAAAGUUUAGCAUGAAUACCAGCUUGGAUCAUGGUGCUGAUGAAUUAACACAGACCCUUAAUCACUACGUGGGUGACAUUGUUGAGGCAGCUACCCCAAGCCCCACCACUCUCAUGCCUUGCUGUACCAGCCUCUCGUGCACCCUCAUGCACCCUCAUGCACCUGGCACCAGCCACUCAUCUGCCUGGCAGCCUGCUUGUGAUGCACUGUUGGCACUCUGGAAGGUGGAGCGUUGCCAUUUAAAUGACAUUAUCACUCUGGCAUUGAAGUGUAGCUUCAGCAUCCAACAAGAAUAUGGUGUUCGUGAUACUGAAGUGGGACUUGAGCUACGAGUAAAGAUAGGACUCUCUGCAGGUCACAUCUCAAAAGUUAUCAUUGGUGACAACAGGCGACAGCACUUUGUGGUCAUUGGCCGGGCAGUGGAUGAAGUACGAUUGGCCCAAAACUUAGCCAAAGCAAGUGAAAUUAUCCUGUCCCCCAACUGCUGGGAACUCUGUGACCGGAACUUAAUUGAGGUAGAGAGAAUUAAAAAUGAACGAGCUGUCAAGGUUAGAUACAUCCGGAACGUCCCUGCCUGUAAUUCCGAUGAGUUCUUUGACAGAUGUGCACAGUACCUGCGUCAAAAUCACAUUUGUGAGAAUUUUGAGAUUUUGAGAGCAGCCUCUGUGUUGGCUCCAGAUGAGGCACUUGAAAAACGCUUGCGGAAAUAUGUGAUGAGGAAUAUCCUGAGGAAGAUUGAUGAUAACCAGCCACUAGAUUAUUUGUCAGAGCUACGUCCUGUUACCAUUGUUUUUGUGAAUAUGCAGUUUGAAGAAAAUGCCAAUACGAACCAUGUGUGUAAGACUAUCCAAGAUGCCAACACUAUGAUCGCUGGAACAAUAGUACCCCGCAGUGGCAAGAUUAAUAAGGUCUUCAUGUUUGACAAAGGCUGCACUUUUCUUUGCAUCUUUGGUCUUCCUGGAGAUAAACAGGCCGAUGAAAGCACAAAUGCUCUCGAGAGUGCACAUAAAAUUCAUACUUUUUGUUCCACAGCACUCAUGAAAAUAAAGAUUGUCUCUGUUGGGGUUACCGGUGGGCCGGUUUUCUGUGGAGUCGUUGGUCAUCAUGUGAGGCAUGAAUAUACAGUGAUUGGACGGAAAGUUAACCUUGCUGCACGGAUAAUGAUGUUUUAUCCAGGAUUAGUAAGCUGUGAUGCACUCACUUAUUCCAAAUCCAAACUGCCAUCCUACUUCUUUGAAGAGCUCCCAGUAGUUGAGAUGAAAGGUGUUGUGAAUCCUGGGACAAUCUAUCAAUUUCUUGGUAUUACGGAGAAAACAAUGAUUUACAAAGCAUAUUUAACCAAGGAGAGAUCUGAACAUUACCCUUUACUAGGUCGCAAGAAGGAGACCGACAUCUUUGAAAACUUACUGGACAAAUUUAAAGAAUCUAAAUUAAGCCAUGUUAUAAUAUAUGAAGGUCUCAUGGGAUAUGGAAAAAGCCAACUAAUAGCUGAAAUUGCCUUUUUGGGACAGGCUCCUGGCCAAAAGGUUGUGGCAAUGGAGCUGACAAAGAUGAAUGUGUGGCAGCACUUCUUUGCUGUCCGGACACUGAUGGCUAUGUUCUUGGGGGUUGAUGUCUGUAAAACCUACGAUGCAAGACAGUACACCCUUCUGAGCAGAUUGCGUGGAGUUAUAGAAGAACAAUAUCUGUGCCUUUUCAACAACCUUUUUCAUGUUAAGUUUUCUACAUCAGAAGUGGUUUCCCAGAUGGACAAUGACAGAAAGAAUAAGGAGAUUGAAAUAAUGCUUUUAAAAAUUCUAGUUAAUGCAGCAGAAAAGGAAGCCCUCAUUUUUGCAAUUGAUGAAGCUCAGUUUAUUGAUAAAGCCUCUUGGGAUUUCCUGGAUAAUUUGCUUAAGCAGGUUCCAGUCUUUGUUGUCUUGGCUUUGUCUCCUAUCAACCGCAAGGGACGACUGCUUUGUUCCAGUGCAAACCAAAUCCUGAACAGUCCAAACACAACUUUUUUUCAGCUAAGGGAGUUAGCUCCUUCAGUAAUUAUUCAGAAAGCCUGCCAAGACCUUGGAGUGGUCAGUAUCGCCAGGGAGCUUGAAACAUUUUUAAUACAAAGAAGUCAUGGAAACCCAUUAUACUGUGAAGAACUUCUCCGAAACCUCCACUUAAACCGUGUACUUCAGUUCCACGUGCUGGAGGAGGAUGAAGAGAAAGAGGAUGAGUGGGACAGCCUUUUCACCACUACUGUUCUCAAGACUCAGACAUCCAAAAACUUUGAGGAAGAGACUGAAUCGUACAUUUGCACAGUCAGGCAAAAUGUGAAGCUUACCGCCAUCAUGCUCCCCCCAACGUUAAAAGGAAUUGCUCUGGCUGAGUUGGACAAUAUGAAUCCUUCAGAGCAGAUGGUGGUGAAAUGUGCAGCUGUCAUUGGUGUAACAUUCACUACAGACAUGCUGCUUUAUAUCCUCCCGGAAUGGACAAAAAGGAAGAUGUACCAGACUCUGGCAGCACUGGUGGAAUCCCAUAUCUUUAAGUGUUCUAGUGAAAGAAAAGAAAUGUAUGUUACCCAGAAAACAUUAUCCAAAGAGCUCAGCAACAGCAAUACUGCAUUGAAAGCAGUGGGGCAAGAAGCAGAUCUUGGAUCAGUUAUUUCCAAUAGGCUCAAGCAAGAGGAGAAUGUGAUGAAUUGCCAAAUCAUGGAGUUCUGCACACCGCUGUUGCAAGAAGCAGCCUAUGAGCUAUGGCUUAAGAACCAGAAAAAAGCCUUGCAUCACAAAUGUGCCGGUUACCUGAACUGGCUAGCUCACCGAUGCAAGUGUUGUGGGGAAGGAGAUUUCAUUCCUUAUCACCGGUAUGCAGUAGAUGGCAUGCUUCAAACAUUAGAUACACAGGAAAAUAAUGUUAAGAACAUCAAGGAGAAUGCAUUGAAUGAGGCUGCCAUGAUCCUUGUUUCUGAAACACUGAAAAAAUUGGAAGCAUCCUACCAGGAAGAGCAGGUGGUAUUCCUGUGGGCUGGGUCGACGAGCUUCAGUUCAGAAUUUGAAUCAGAAGAAGCAGAAGUAGUGGACAUUUACUGGAAAGCUCAUGAUUUUGCCAUUUCAGAUCUCAAGAGGGCCUUUAGGGAGUUUUUGGAAAUUCUUUCUUCUUCCCUUUUUGCUAGAGCUGAAGAUACAGAACUGGGAUUUCUAAAAAGAAUGGAUGAGAUGAUUUUGCUUACUGCAAUGGGCAAGAAAAGGAUCAAGACCCUGGGCUCACAGGACUGUAAAUGCAAAGAGAUUGUGGAGUCUGUCAUGGUGCCUUUAUCUCAGCACUACCUGGCUCUGGGGGAUUACACUCGAGCUUUUUAUUGCCUGUUGGAAUCUGCAUCUGCUUAUGUAAACCUCUCCAACAACUACAUAGCCUUUACAUAUCUGAAUACAGCAGAGAGCCUCUUCAGAUCUUUGGAAUACAAGCAUAAAGUCAUUAGUCAAUUUGAGGAGUCCAUUUUGUACAGCCUGAAGGGAGAGGUCUGUUACAAUAUGGGUCAAAUUACUUCAGCAAAAAAACUGAUGAAGAAGGCUUUGAGCUUACUGAAGAAAAGCUUCCCAAUAACUGUUGUAGGAGCCUUUUUUAUGUCUAUGGUGGAAACCUCCAAACAUUUGUCUCAUCAGAAAAAACCAACUUUAUGGCAAAUACCCAGCGGCAGGGAGAAGAGACUAGCAGUUCUGUUCCAGCAAGGUCAUUGCCUUUCCCUGCUGUGGCAGAUCUUCAACCUGGAUGUUGCCAGAAGCAGCAAGAAGUUCUCCCGUCUGGCAGCCCUCAUGCAGGUGAACUGUGCAGAGGAGUCUCAAGAUGAAUCUCAGAUAAUCUCCUCCUACAUGGAUUUCUCCCUCUGCUGUCAAAUGAUGGGUUGCCAACAUGAAUGGAUGAAAUAUGAGUUAAUGGCCAUCGAACGUAGUUCUCAUCUUCAAAUUGUUGGAGAAGGGUUACUGACAAUUGCUAAGCUGGCAUUAUCAUUGGCUUACAUGAAGCUUUGCUUGGGUAACAUGCCCUUAGCCAUCCAGCUGGGUUAUCGGGCACAUGAGCUAUGUGAGCAGCUGAAGAAACCUAACCUUGACAGUACUGUUCUCUAUGACCUUUAUAAAGCUCUUUUUCUCAGCACCAGAUAUCAGGAUUCUGUGCAAGUGUUGAGUUGGCUAGAAGAACUCACCAUUCGAGAUGACAACGUCAUUGGGCAGGCCCUCUUCAUUUCGGCCUGUCUGAACAUUAUACUUUAUGCUGGAUUUUCUUUUAAGCCAUUUAAGUACUGCCAUGAUUUUAUCCUCGCUAAUGAAACAAACAGCAUCCUUGUGUCUCAAAACAACAUUAUGUUGGGCCUGUAUUCUUCUCUGGCAAUUUGGUUUGCCAGACUUCAACACUGGGAUAAAUUCAUUGUACCAUUUGAAAAAGCAAGGCGGUUGGUGAGGAGAACAUCCGCUUCACUCUGUGCUAACCAUGGAUUCUGUAAGUUGGUGGAGUGUGAGGCUCUGUUGUUAAGAAAAUAUAUUGAACAGAGGCCUGACAAAGUCCGUGAGAUGCAUAACAGGAUAAUAAAGAAUUUGGAUCAGAUAAUGACUCGGUGUUCCACAAGCCCUGUGUACUAUUCCAGGGUUUACCACCUGAAGGCCUAUGUCCAGCUGAUGCUUGGAAAUGAUGAACUCAGCCAAAGCUUUCUUGAGAAGGCAUUCCAAAGUAGUGAUAUAUAUGGGAAUCAUUUGGAGAAAUCCUGGCUAGAGAUUAGCAAGGAGUGGUGGUUCACUGGAAGAAACCCCAUGGAAGAUUUUUGGUUAAAGACAGUUCCACAUUUCCCUGUAUGGAAAGUAGACAUGACAGCCCAAGAGAUGGAAGCUUUCCAUAAAAACAGGUAUCUGCUGAAGUUGCCUGAACUGGAUAUAAACAAUCCAUUCCCAGAAAGUACCAUAGAAAAACAAUAGUGAACUGUCCAAUUGCCAGGAAAUCUCUGAAAUAAAUUUUGGUGCAUUUGUU